UCACUUGUGCAGUUCCUCCCUUGUACAGCGGAUGCUUGUCGUGGUUGCCCAAGUUGCCAAUGUGUUUCUUGGGAUUCCGGCCUUGCAGUAGUAAACAUCAUUUUACCACUCUUUGACCUCCAUCUUACAUCCACCUCAACAUCCAUCACAUUACACCCUCAUCACUCUAUCAAUACCCAUCAAUGCGUCUGUGAUUCUCUCUUCUUCUUCCGAUAUUUCCUGCUCCCUCCCUCAAACCGGCCUUCAGCUGUCGUCGUGACAUCUGGGUCAUCCCAAAAUGGAGAGCUUCGUAAAUCGCUUAGACCCUGUGCUUCAGGCAAGGGGUUUGGCGCCUAAAGGAGGGAGAAUCCGAACCAGAGCCAUUAUAUCUUACGUGAUCGACUACCUAAUCAUCAUAGCCUUGGCAGUCGUCUACGCCAUUCUCGAUGUCAUCGUCACCCCAUUUUCACAGCCAUUUUCCCUCAACAAUGCUUCGUUACAGUAUCCCUACGCAGACCCAGAGCGUAUCCCAAUAUGGAUGGCUCUAGUGAUUUCAGGCGUAUUUCCCGGCAUCACCAUCGCCGUUUACACUCUCUUCCUUGAUGGGUUAUUCUCCCAUCACCGCCGUACUACUCGGACUAGAUCCAAAUAUACCUUCUGGGAUCGUCUCUGGGAGCUUAACUGCGGCUGGCUUGGUCUCCUUCUCGCUCAAGGUACCGCCUUUGUCGUAACCGGCUCGCUCAAGAACCUCAUUGGCAAGCCUCGACCUGAUAUCAUCGCUCGUUGUAAACCAGACCAGGAAUUGGUGAACGCUCUCGCCCAAUUUACUUUGGCCACCAAGGCCCUUUGCACAGAGACAGACAGUCAUAUCAUGCAGGAUGGUUUCCGCUCCUUCCCCUCUGGACACUCCUCCAGCAGUUUCGCCGGUCUUUUCUACCUAUCUCUGUACCUCGCCGCCAAGCUCCAUGUCUUGGAUCAAAAGGGAGAGGUUUGGAGGACUUUCAUCGUCCUAAUCCCCACUCUGGCCGCCGCAUGCGUUGCUGGCUCACGCAUCAUGGACGCACGCCAUCACCCAUUCGACGUCAUCUUUGGCUCUGCUCUUGGUAUUUUGUGCGCCUGGGGCAGCUAUCGUCAAUACUUUCCACCCGUCAGCCACGUCUGGGAGAAGGGUCGAGCAUAUCCCAUGCGCCAAUGGGGUGCACCAGUACGGAGACCCGUUCCGGGCAAGGUCCUGGUCGAUAGCGAGACCCUGGAAGUCCUCGAUGAUCGUGUGCCCCCCAGCGACGACCAGAUGGACGAGUCACGCUAUGAGCUCAACUACAACCCCAAUCUAUCCAAUAUGCCCCGUAGUGGCAAACAAGAGUAUCCUGCUACGUAUCCGAGUCGCUCCGAUGUCGAUCUUGAGACCGGUUAUCCGUCACAGACCACCUCUCGGUCGGAUACUUUUGCCUCGGUCAUGGCACCACAACCUUUGAACCCGUCAAGUACGGGGAACAUGUUUCGAGAUCAAGUAGAACAGAAUCGACGUGUCAGGGCCCCCAUAUCUGGAGCCAGCCCUGAGCGAGGCGAUACUGAACACGAGCCACUACAAAGAGGUCGGAUUUAGCCCGGCAUUUUCACGCCGGUGCAAAUCAGGUCAAUAUCCGGCAUCGCCUGUGUACAAGAUGCAGCAAAAUCAUUUGUGAAUACCACGAGGCCUGCUAAUCUCGACCUCAAGUCUCCUCUCGGAUAGGGCCGGCAGAGACAUGAGCGUCGAGCGGGUCUUUACCACGACAUGUGAGAGACGAAUUGGGGCUUUGCGUAAACGGGCGUUUUUUGGGUCAAACGGGAACAGGAUGUUUAGGAAACGUGCCAAAAGUUUCACCUGGACAGGAACUUGAUGUCUCAUAGAAUCAUAUCAUAUCUGAUGUGGCGUUCUUGAUUUUCUUUCUAAACACCAUUUCCCUUCAGGCAGGUCGAUGGAAAAAUAUAAUUUCAAUCAAUCUCAAG